CAGGGCACAGCAAUCGGAUACUAUGGCGUUUUUAGUUGUUUUGUUCUUCUCUAUGGCAACCUUCGCAUCAGCUGAAUAUGAGCAAUAUUCAUCUCCUCCACCUCCAUAUUAUUAUUAUAAAUCUCCACCACCACCAUCCCCAUCUUCUCCUCCUCCAUAUUAUUAUAAGUCUCCUCCUCCUCCAUCCCCCUCUCCUCCUCCUCCAUACUAUUACAAUUCUCCACCUCCACCAUCGCCUUCACCUCCUCCACCAUAUUAUUAUAAAUCCCCACCACCACCAUCUCCAUCUCCUCCUCUUCCAUACUACUACAACUCUCCACCACCACCAUCUCCCUCUCCACCACCCCCAUAUUACUAUAAAUCUCCACCACCACCUUCCCCAUCUCCUCCUCCACCAUACUACUAUAAAUCUCCUCCACCACCAUCUCCAUCUCCUCCUCCUCUAUACUACUACAAGUCUCCACCACCACCAUCCCCCUCUCCACCGCCCCCAUACUACUAUAAGUCUCCCCCACCACCUUCUCCAUCACCUCCUCCACCAUACUACUAUGAAUCUCCACCACCACCAUCUCCAUCUCCCCCUCCUCCAUACUACUACAAGUCCCCACCUCCACCAUCUCCCUCACCUCCACCUCCAUAUUAUUACAAGUCCCCACCUCCACCAUCUCCCUCACCUCCUCCUCCAUAUUAUUACAAAUCCCCCCCACCACCAUCCCCUUCACCUCCACCACCAUACUACUACAAAUCUCCACCACCUCCAUCUCCAUCACCUCCUCCCCCAUAUUACUACAAGUCUCCUCCACCACCAUCCCCUUCGCCUCCACCACCAUACUAUUAUAAAUCUCCGCCCCCUCCAUCUCCAUCUCCUCCACCCCCAUAUUACUAUAAAUCUCCCCCUCCACCAUCUCCAUCUCCUCCACCCCAAUAUUACUAUAAAUCUCCCCCUCCACCAUCUCCAUCUCCUCCUCCACCGUAUUACUAUAAAUCCCCACCACCACCAUCUUCGUCUCCACCUCCACCAUACUUUUGAUUGAUUGAUUCCUUCCAAC